AUGAUUAAGCUCUUUGAUUCUCAUUGUCACCUUCAAGAUCCAAGAAUUUUUAAAGUUGCCCCCAUACUAAUUAGAAACUCCCUUGAUACGGGUGUUAUCCAUUUUGCUGUAAAUGGAGUCUCUGAAAAAGACUGGCAUCUGGUCAAGGAGAUGAGUGAUGCCUAUCCUAGCGUUGUUCCAAACUUUGGGCUCCAUCCCUGGUAUGUCUCUGAUAGAACCGACAAUUGGCUAAACACUUUGAAGAAGUUCCUUGAGGCUACUCCCUCAGCUGCAGUUGGAGAGAUUGGUCUGGACAAAGGUUCUAUUGGAAGGAAAAUUGAUUUUACUACUCAAGUUGAAAUUUUCCGAGAACAGCUUCAACUUGCCAAAGAGUUAAAAAGACCAGCAUCUGUCCAUUGUGUCCGCGCUUUUGGUGAUCUUCUUGAGAUAAUGAAAUCUAUGGGGCCAUUUCCUGCUGGCUUGGUUCUGCAUUCUUAUAUGGGUUCUGCAGAGAUGGUUCCCGAGCUUUCAAAAGCUGGUGCUUACUUCUCCUUUUCUGGGUUUCUCAUGUCCAUGAAAGAGAGCAAGGCAAAGAAAAUGUUGAAAUCCAUUUCUCCUGAAAGGAUUUUGUUGGAGACAGAUGCACCAGAUGCUCUACCAAAAGCAAGUGAAUCAGAUUCCCUAUUCUUGAUUGAUAGGGAAGUUUCUGUUACUGAAGAGCUUCUUGAUUGUGGGGAAAAUUUGCUGACAAAAAAGGAGAGCACCUCUGAUAAUACAUGCCAUGAUGAAAGUAGUGCUUCAGAACCCCCUGAAGAAAACCUCAACCAUCCAGCUAAUAUUCAUCAUGUACUUGCAUACGUGGCAAAUUUACUUGAAAUGACUAAAGAAGAACUUGCUGGUGUGACCUACCAGAACGCAGUGAGGCUAUUCUCUUAUGAGGGUUCAAAGCUACUUAAAGAAGGUAAUUUAGUUUCUCAUUGUCUAAGAGAUUUACUAACAUGUUUAGCAUAA